AUGGAAUGGGAUGAACAACUGACACAAGAAGAUAUUCAGCAAUGGAAAAAAAUCUCUUUUGAUUUAGAUGAGAUUCAGGAAUAUUAUAUUCCUAGAGCUAUUGGGCUACAAGGUACGGUUAGGUUCAGAUUACUAUGCUUUUGCGAUGCUUCAACCAAAGCCUAUGCUUCUGCUGUUUAUCUACAUCAACUCAGGGAAGACAACUUAUGUGAAACUGAUUUACUGUUUUCCAAGACACGCCUGGUACCAAAUAAGAAAAUAACUUUACCACGACUUGAGUUAUUAGCAGUUGUCAUUGGUGUUCGUUGCAUUGACUUUGUUAAGAAGCAAUUAAAACUUCCUAUCUGUGAGACGAUUUUGUGGACAGAUUCUCAAUGUGUUUUACACUGGAUAGGAUCGAAAAAACCUCUAGCAACAUUUGUUGAUAAUAGAAUAAAAGAGAUUAGGCAGCAACAAGACAUUCAAUUUCAGUAUGUCUAUAUGAAGGAAAAUCCAGCUGAUAUUGCAAGCAGAGGCACAACAGUAUCACUGUUAAAAGAAAACAGCCAAUGGUGGCAUGGUCCCUCUUGGUUAACAAAACACAGAACUGAGUGGCCUAGAUGGGAUCCUCACAAUAUAAGGGUUGACAAUCAAAAUUCUAUUGAAUCAGAAUACAAGGUAUCUUACGUAUUACAUGAAGCAAAAUUGCUUGCUGGAGAAGGUCCUGACGGAGAAACAAGCAGUGUUGGAAAUUCGAAAUCUAUUGUUGGGUAUCUGUUAGACAUUGAUUGUUGCAGAUUUUCCUCAUUUAUAAGCUUGAUCAGAGUAUCAGCUUGGGUAUUGAGAUUUGUUAAACGGUUAAAUAAAGAGACGAUAGCUGGUCCUCUAAAAGCUGCAGAGCUAGAACACGCAAAUUUAUUGUGGAUAAAAUCUGUUCAAAAACAAUGUUUUGGUGAAGUGAUGAUAGCAAUUAAAGAAAAUAUAAGACACAAUUUAGUAAGUCAGUUAGGACUCAUAUUAGACCAGGAAAAUGAGAUCAGGUGUGUUGGUAGAUUAGGAGCUUCCAAAGAAAAACAAAUUCACUGA